UGCAGUUUUUAGGAGAUGGAUUUAAGGUUUUCUAGUGAAACAGAUAAAUGUAAGAUUGGUUCGACGCUUCAGAACGACUGGUACUUCUUUAGUCACAAGGACAAGAAGUACCCGACAGGCACGCGAACAAACCGUGCGACGGCUGCAGGGUUCUGGAAGGCCACCGGCCGGGACAAGGUGAUAUACACUUGUGAGAGGAAAGAGACCCAUGUCCAUUCAAUUUUGAGGCCGGAGAAGCACCCGCUAGCUCAAUGCCAAAGCUGCAUCUCAAUCCUUACAGUUGGUCUAAGGUUUCGAGUAUUAUCUAUUUGGAUUCACCUGCUGGUGUUGGGUUUUUCGAAAGAUGAAACGGAUUAUACUACCGGAGAUCUUAAGACAGCUAAAGAUACACACACGUUCCUUUUGAAGUGGUUUGAACUGUACCCGGAGUUCCUCGAGAAUCCUUUCUACAUUAGUGGUGAGUCAUAUGCUGGAAUUUACAUUCCUAUGCUUGCGGCUGAAGUUGCAAACGGAAUAAUCGCCUGUGUAAAGCCUGCACUGAAGUUCAAGGGCUAUAUGAUAGGAAAUGGAUGCACGGAUGAGCAAUUCGAUGGGGAUGCUCUUGUGCCAUUUGCACAUGGAAUGGGUCUUAUAUCAAAUGAUUUGUUUCAGGAAGUUAAGUCUGCUUGUCAAGGAAGUUAUUGGAACCCAGUAAAUAAAACCUGCGAAGAGAAGCUAAACAAAGUUGACCAGAAGCUUAAGGAUUUAACUAUCUACGACGUUCUUGAGCCAUGCUACCAUCAUCCUGAAAUAAGAUAUCCUUCAGCUGAUGAUAUCAGGCUGCCUUCUAGUUUCAGAAGGCUUGGGGAGACCGAUAGACCGCUGCAUGUGAGGAGGAGAAUGUUUGGCCGCUCAUGGCCUUUAAGAGCUACGGUUAGAGCUGGACGUGUUCCAACAUGGACAGAGCUGGGACGCAGAAAACCUCUAUGCACAGAUGACCGAGUUGCAACUGUAUGGUUGAACAAUGAAGCUGUGAGGACUGCAAUUCAUGCACAACCGAUAAACUAGAUAUUUACUCAUAAUGUUGGAAGCAUGAUCAAGUAUCACAAGUACCUUAUUUCCUUAGGAUAUCGUGCACUUAUUUUCAGGUACACUCAAAGCUACGAGCAUGACUUCAGAUUUCUUACCAUAAAGUAAAUUGUGAAUCUGAGGAUCAUGGUUUGGACUUUGAAGAAACUGUAGCCACUAUUUUGCUCAAAUGGAAGAGGUUUUGAUGUAGGGGAUAUAAAGACUUAAAUAGGAGAAUGCGGUCAAGAUGACUUUGAUAUAUGAAUCUUUUGGAACAGACUUGUACUUUUGAAUUGAUCAUAUUUUGAUGGUUGUGAAUUGAUCAUAUUUUGAUGGGUUGAAGUUAUCUUGUAACUACUUAUUUUUGAAUGAUGGGCUUAAAACAUAUGAAUGCUUCAUUAUUUUUCAUUUUGA